AUGGGUGAAUCAUUCGAAGGCUGGAAUGCGUGGCUCGAAGAUGCAUAUUUGCUAUGUACACCUGAAGAUCCUGAGUGCUUGAAGCAUCACUAUAUCACACGAACUGAGAAAGACGAGCCUCAGUACACAGUAGAUGAAGAAAUUGCUAUGAUGAACGAACAAAUCACGAAGAGCGAGGGGUUCGAUAUUGAUUUCUCGUUGUUCCGAUGUCUGUUCAACUACCAUCUUGUUGACCCCGAUGAUUUCGAUUUCCUUGAUGAUGAAUCAGAAGAAACCAACGGGGAUUUCAUGAAGAGGUUUUCUCAAGAAUCUCUUAAGCGUUACAAUGACGAAUGUGGUACGAACAAAUAUGAAUUUCACGAGGUUGUCAAAGCCAAUUUUCACGGAUCUUGUGGAUAUAUGUUUCUCAUCACGUUUCAAGUGUUUGAUCCAUCUGAUGACCAGGAAAAAACCUUCCAAGCUAGGAUCCGUUACACUACACAUUACCCCACUGAAUUCGUCUUUUGUAGGCCGAAACCGAAUCCAGAAGUUGACUCUCAUGAAACUGCCGAGGAAGAUGUCAAAGGUUGA